CGUGAGGUGGGGCGGGACCCUAACUAGGUCGUGGCGUGGUCUCGGUCAAGGUCCUGAAAGCUCGGAGGCGGCUUGUUCGCGGUUCCUUCCGAGACGCGGGCCCUCCGUUGUCGGGACUGCGGGGCUAUGGCAAUCAUAGACAAGAUUUCCUCCGGAGUGAGGGCGGGAGUCGGGGGACGGUGCGCAGCGCUUCACGUCCUCUUUCCAAGAGAGCAGAAGCUGCUGCUCUUCCAAUAAGUCAUUACUUUUCUUGGCCACCUGUCGCUUCCCCCCUUAACCUGCUCAGGCACCUCGGAGAGAUUUAAAAAUGGGUGAUGUUGAGAAGGGCAAGAAGAUUUUUGUUCAGAAGUGUGCCCAGUGCCAUACUGUGGAAAAGGGAGGCAAGCACAAGACUGGGCCAAAUCUCCAUGGUCUGUUUGGGCGAAAGACAGGUCAGGCUGUCGGAUUCACUUACACAGAUGCCAACAAGAACAAAGGCAUCACCUGGGGAGAGGAGACGCUGAUGGAGUAUUUGGAGAAUCCCAAGAAAUACAUCCCUGGAACAAAAAUGAUCUUCGCUGGCAUUAAGAAGAAGGGAGAAAGGGCAGACUUGAUAGCUUAUCUCAAAAAAGCUACUAAUGAGUAAUAGUUGGCCACUGCCUUAUUUAUUAUGAAACAAAUGUCUCAUGACUUUUUAUGUGUACCAUAUUUAAAUUGAUCUCAUACACUAGAAUUCAGACCAUGAAUAGCUGAUGUAAUAUUUCUGUCCUGAUUUAAAUAAGAUUGGCUUGUGGCUAAAUGAAUAUGGUCAGCUUUUUGAAUUUUGAUAGUAAUUCUGGUUCAGCAAGUACUAUCCCUGUUUUCCCCUUCUAAAGAGAUGAUUAAACUUGAAUAAGGAAUGUUAAA